CCCCAAAUGCUGAAGGGGGACCGACCUACUCAACUACCAAGCACCUGGGCACUUCCUGGGCACUUCCAAGACGGGUUCCAGCACAACGUCACCCGCGUUUGCCCCCUUCUUGUUUCUUGGAAAUACAACCUUCCAUGCUUUAUACCUCUACCCUCUUUAGUCCGACUCUCCUGAAAGUCCUCCACCAUGGUUCGCAUUAUCCCUCAACGAUUGAAAACCUACACUACUUGUUCUACCAACAAUUCCACCGCCAAUAGCCGUAGUACGAGUCCUAUGCCGUUAAAACUCGAUGCCGGUGUUGCGGAGGGACGUAAGGACACGGGUUUGGUCUUAAAGAUUAUUAUACUUCGAGCGAGAAAUUUAGCUGCUAAAGAUCGUGGAGGAACAUCCGACCCCUAUCUCCAACUGACCUGCGGCGAAACUAAAUGUCUUACACAUCAUAUCCCGAAAACGCUGAAUCCCGAGUGGAACGUUGUCUGUACUGUACCCAUCACUGGCGUAGAGAACCUACUGCUUGAUUGCAUCUGCUGGGAUAAGGAUCGCUUUGGCAAAGACUAUCUAGGCGAAUUCGAUCUAGCCCUCGAGGAGAUAUUCUCCAACGAAAAGACCGAGCAAGAAGCAAAAUGGUAUCCCCUUAAGAGCAAGAAGCCAGGCAAGAAAAGGAAUAAUGUCUCCGGAGAGGUUUUGUUACAGUGCACUUUAUUCGACUCGACAGACAAGAAUGCGACAGAUGCUCAGAUCUUAGAAAAGCUGCACUCACUUGCUACCGCCUUACCCGAAGCUGCAUCCCGCAAUGCCACCCCUAACAUGACACCCAUGCUUGGCCCAACCUCGGCAUCCAAGUUUGGCUCAUCCCCGUCUCCCCAGUUAAGCCAGAAUACCACCGAUGGAUCCCAGGACGACGACGACGAUGACGAGAUUCUGGAUGAUGAUGAAACUCCCGAGGAUGAAGACCCGAGUAAGCCCGACGCUGUGGAGAAGAGGAAGAGACGGCUUAGGAUUAAGGGUUUAAAGCGUAAGAGGAGACAGAAUCCUUACGAAUUCGUCAACGGCGGUAGUGAUGUAGUCGGCUUAAUCUUCCUCGAGAUUUGCAACAUUACCGACCUUCCUCCCGAAUCAAACUUCACGAAAACUAGCUUCGAUAUGGAUCCCUUCGUUGUUGCAUCUUUAGGCAAAAAAACUUAUCGUACGCGAGUGGUUCGGCAUAAUCUGAAUCCCGUGUUUAAUGAGAAGAUGCUCUUUCACGUGCUGAACCACGAACAAUCAUACUCGUUUGCUUUCACGGUUAUCGAUCGCGACAAAUAUUCCGGGAAUGACUUCAUUGCCUCGACCUCCUUUCCCUUACAGGAACUCAUCGAAAAGAGCCCUAAAGCCAAUCCCGAAACUGGAUUGUAUGACUUGAAGGAACCAGCCGAGUACGUCCCGGUCCAGAAAUCAAGGCUCGCGAGACUCGGCCUCUCGAGGUCGUCUUCAACACAGAGCUUGGGCAAAAGUAGGCCGGUGUUGCCCAAGAACCCCAGUAUGACUUCGGCAACAUCCCAGGAACAGGUCGAGCCAAAGGCAGCACCUACAUCCAUUCCAAACCCCGGAUUACUUCAACCAGAGCAAGUGCCGAACCUCAAUAGCGGAAACGGAAAUGGAAACGGCGAGGGCAGUGAGUUUGACGACACUGAUUUCAAUGUCUUCACAAUCCCCUUGAAGAUGAAAAAUCUAGAAAAGUGGGAGGCUAAGCACAGCCCGACGCUGAACAUCCGCGCCAAGUAUAUGCCGUAUCCUGCUUUAAGACAACAGUUCUGGCGGGCUAUGUUGCGACAGUACGACGCAGAUGAAAGUGGCGAGAUUAGCAAAGUCGAAUUGACUACUAUGCUCGACACGCUUGGCUCGACUCUGCGAGAAUCAACCAUCGACAGGUUUUUCCAACGAUUCCCUCAUAAGGCAGGGAACGGGGAACAAGAACUCACGAUGGACGAGGCUGUCAUAUGUUUGGAAGAUCAACUAGAUGCCAAGAGCAAAUCGGCUCCGGUGACUGACAAGUUGAAGAACAUGUUACCCGACGCAGAAAAGGUGAAGAAUUUUCUAAACCCAUCAAGCCACACUGGCAGUGCUACGCCUUCGGAGGAGGGGUCUUUUAUUCUCAGUGCAGAAGACUCGACCGCUCAAGGCAUUACACCUGGAACAUCAACUAUUGUUGUCCCUGAUCUCAGUACAUCUGGAGAAGAGGGCGAUGCGCUGGAUAAAGAUGAUCUAAAUAUUGACCGUGGCGAGGAACAUGUAGUCGAAAUUCGAGAGUGUCCAAUCUGCCACCAGCCUCGUCUCAACAAGCGGAAAGAUGCUGAUAUCAUUACCCACAUUGCUACAUGCGCCAGCCAGGACUGGCGCCAGGUCAAUUCACUGAUGAUGGGCGGGUUUGUCACGGCAAGCCAAGCGCAAAGAAAGUGGUAUUCUAAAGUCAUCACCAAGAUUUCUUAUGGUGGUUAUAAACUUGGCGCCAACUCAGCAAACAUCCUGGUACAGGACCGCCUAACUGGACAGAUUAACGAGGAAAAGAUGAGCGUUUAUGUACGACUGGGGAUCCGAUUACUCUAUAAGGGAUUGAAGUCCAAGGAUAUGGAGAACAAGCGAAUCCGUAAACUUCUAAAGAGUCUAAGUAUCAAGCAAGGCAAAAAAUACGACGACCCUGCUUCGAAGGCCCAGAUUCCAGGUUUCGUCCAAUUCCACCAAUUAGACAUGUCCGAGGUCUUACUCCCCGUUGAGGAAUUUAAGAACUUCAAUGAAUUCUUUUAUCGCGCACUCAAGCCAAACGCCCGGCCUUGCUCAGCUCCAGACAAUCCUCACAUUAUUGUGUCGCCGGCCGACUGUCGAUCUGUUGUCUUCAAUAGUAUCGAUUCUGCGACCAACAUCUGGAUCAAGGGUCGCGAAUUCUCCAUAAAGCGACUACUCGGUGACGCGUACCCGGAAGACGCUAAGCGCUAUGAGAAUGGUGCAUUGGGUAUCUUCCGUCUAGCUCCCCAAGACUACCACCGGUUUCACAUUCCUGUGGAUGGAAUUCUCCGCAAACCUAAACUCAUCGCUGGCGAGUACUAUACCGUCAACCCUAUGGCAAUCCGGUCCGCGCUCGAUGUAUACGGCGAGAAUGUUCGUGUCAUUUGUCCUAUCGACACUGAACUAUUUGGACGGGUUAUGGUUAUCUGCGUCGGUGCCAUGAUGGUUGGCAGCACAGUAAUUACCCGAAAGGAUAGGGAAGAAGUGAAACGAGCUGAGGAGCUUGGGUAUUUCAAGUUUGGUGGCAGCACAAUUGUGACACUAUUUGAACCCGGCACGAUGAUGUUCGAUGACGACCUUGUGGACAACUCAAACAGCGCCCUGGAAACACUGAUUCGAGCCGGCAUGUCGGUUGGGCAUUCCCCACAGGUACCUCAGUUUACACCAGACAUGCCCAAGGAUGAGAAAGACGUUACGGAGGCGGAGAGGGCGGAAGCCCAUCGCCGUAUCCGUGGUGGUGGUGACAGCCCAGAUGAAGUACCUUUACCAUAGGAAAACACUCCGUGACAGCUAAGACGGGAAAGGCAUUGCAUACAGGCGGCGUUAUACCAUAUAAGCGACGGCUUUUUCCGAAGAUUGAAUUCCAUUGGGUGGAUAGACGAGACAUUGAGCAUGGGAUCGGGGGAACUUGCAGCAUCUGUCUAUCAGAAAAGUGGGCAUAUAGCAACGAAGAGGGGAAAAGGGGUUUGAAAAGCG